AUGUGGGUGUGGGAAGAGUUUUUAAUGGCAAAGGCAGCAGAGCUUUUGGGUGUUGACGACGGUGUCAGCUGUGUUGUGGUGCCAUAUGCAUUUCUAUUGGACCACAUGCUGGAGGUUGCAAAUAAACUUGGUGUGCAAGCAAGAGCUGUUCGUUCUCCCAGCAUCUGCAGGGGUAUGGUGCCAGAUGUAAUCAAAGAGAGUCUACCAUCAAUCUUGCUUUUUACUGUGGAUUCGUUUGCAAACAUGAUGGAGAAGAGCGGAUCAUUUGUUGGGCAAUGGGUCGAAGAUGGAAAAAUUCGACGCUUCUUCAUUGAUGAGGUACACACGCCAUUCUUGGAGAUGGAUUUCCGUUUCAGAUAUGACAGCUUGAGGAAAUACGUUCCCAUUCUCUCGGAAAAGGGAGCACAGAUUGUUACGAUGAGCGGAUCACUCCCACAUGGAGUUCAAACUGCGGUGACACAGUGGCUUGGGACCACUGGAAAUCUUGCAACAAGGGUCUCGAGUCUGGGCUUGACGGGUAUUGCCGUGGAGGUUGUAGAACCGAUGGACAAGAGUGGUUGGCAACAAUUUGUGUUGGAUAGGUUGCAGAAGGGACACAUGCACAUUUUUUGUGCUACACUUGCGGAUUGCACUUCCAUGGAGACUGCUCUAUAUGGUGAUGGAAGCACAGAGCUUGGGACCCACGCCAUUGUAACUUCCCAGACCGACGAAGAUACUAGGAGACUUGUCGGCAAGAGAUGGUACAAUGACUUGCUCCCCGUCUUGAUAUCGACUACUUGCUGUCUAGUUGGUAAUGAGAACCUGAAGUGCAAGACUGUGGUUGUCUUCCGACAUGUAUAUAACUUGGUUUCUCUUGUGCAAGCUAAAGAGAGGGGAGCUUGUUGA